GUGGUAGGAAGUUCUUAAAUUAUUAAAUAAUGGCACCGCAGUGGUCCAAGGAAGCGAUUGAAGCAUUGAUACGUACUUCUAGGGAAGAACAGUGUCCGUACGUCAUAAAAAGCGCAAACUAUUAUAAUAAACACUUGCGUGCAGAAACACUCGAAAGAAUUGCAAGUGCCGUGUGUCAUGAUCAACCAUAUACGACGAGCAAGGAGUGUUAUAGCAAAAUUCACAAUUUACGUACUCAAUUUAAAGUGGAGUACGCCAGAGUAAAAUCAUCGAAAAGCAGUGGCGCUGGGAUGAACGACACAUGCAGUCUCUCAUCUUCCCAAAGUGUGGAUAUGGAGCCAUCUCCACAUCAGUACAUGGAAGAAUGUUAUAGUCUUGAUGUGGAUGUGCUGAAUGAUGUCUGCAUUGUGGAACAAUGUGCAGAAGUACCACCACAAACAACAGUAAGAACAGCAGCACCACCACAACCACCUAUCCAUGCCUCUCAAAGCAGGGAUGGAAGAAGGAAGAGGCCUGGUGAUGGGUACAUGAGUGCUGUUGAAGUAAUUGCUGAUAAAAUAUGUGCCACCCGAAGACCGCCAACAACCCUCGGCAGAGUUAACUAUGGACAGUUGCAUGGUAUUCAUUGCUAACCUUUCAAAGGAAAUAAAGUGCUGUGGAAUCAGGAUGCAAUUAAUAAGAGAUCUCGGGGUCGACAGAAACGUCCGAUCUCAGGCAUUGUCUUUGACCCAUGACAUAAGGGUGUUGUGGUGUGUGACGUCAUGACAGCGCGGAGUUGGGUUUGUGAGUGUGGCGUGUUUGUAGAUGUCAUCGUGUUGUGGUUUGUUGUGCCCUCUGGUGGUAUGUUCAGGGUUUUCGUUUGUUUGGUGUAUUGGGCUCAGGUUGCUGUUGCUCAGUGUCGAGUGCUGUUUGCGUAUUUUUGAAGCGGAAUUCGUUUCAGUGAGUUAACGGUUUUGUGGUUUUGUGUGAAGGUUAAUGUAGUGAUGAUCCCUGUACGUUGGGUGGUAUUGUUAUUAACUUUAAUCGGUUGUGGUUUUUUGUUCAGGAAUGGAUAUGAAAGAUAAGAUAAAUAGUUCGCGUUUGUGGGCUAUGAUGGGGGACUCAGCUUUAGAGCUGAUUAAGUUCCUACAGCUUUGUGGCCUAAUUGCUGAGGUGGUGAAGUGCGGUUUGUGCAGUGAAGCAAUGAAGUUGGUUAAAGUUCCGGCCUCUCGCACCAGGGACUCAUAUGUGGCGCUGUCGGAAAGACGACAUAUGGCGGUACCUGGUUCGAGAAGUCUAGGUUGGACAUGCGUGACAUUGUACUUGUUGCUUAUUAUUUUUGUUAUAAAUCCCCACAGAGUUUUUGCGCACAUGAGACUGGUGUGAGUGAGAGGAGCAUUCUGGAUGGGUAUUCGUUUUGUCGUGAA